AUGUCUGAAAGUGAGUCAAAAGUUAAGCCGUCAUCUUUCCCUUAUGUUCCCCUUUCAGCUAAUUACUUUCACUACUCUAAUUUUCCAAGCACUGAUAAGAUCUACGAGACAGAUGUUGAUUUAAUGGGUCAGUCAUUCUUUCCUGGAUACUUGUCCAUUAGAACUUCUGGAGAAAUGAAGACAUUCACGCCCUCCCAGGUUUUGGGGAUGAUGCUUUCAAUUUUGAAGGGCAUUGCAGAAAGGAAUUUGAAUGCUGCAGUUGUGGGUUGCUGCAUUGGAAUACCUAUUUAUUUCACAGAUCUUUAG